AUGGAGAUCGUUAAUCAUGGCACUGGUGAUAAGUGUGUCGUGAAGUUUUUCCCUUAUUCCUACUUUAGUCGGGAAGUACCCAGAAAGAUUUACGGGGUGGUACGAAAUCCGUCUGGUGAGCCACAGCUAGUCGUUCAAGGCACCUGGGAUGCUUUUGUGGACAUGUUCAAAGUUGUAAAAACUAUAAGAAGUGGCGAUAAAUCAAAAAUCGAAACAGAGUUGGAGCCAAAACGCAUCUGGACAGUGAAUCCACCUGUCUCUGGAGCUGAACGAAUGCACAAUUUCACACGUUUGGCAAUUCAACUCAAUGAGCCGGAGCCAGGAGUAGCCCCAACUGAUAGCCGAUUACGACCAGAUCAACGGCUUAUGGAGGAAGGACGCUGGGAUGAAGCAAACAGAAAAAAGCUUGAACUUGAAGAAAAGCAGCGAGCUAUGAGGAGAAAACGGGAGGCGGAAAUGGAGAAGGCCAUGCAGAACGGUUUGUCGUACGAGGAAUAUCAGCCCAAAUGGUUCCAAAAAACUCAGGACGAACUUACUGGGACGCUCAUCCAUAAGUAUCUCGGCGAAUACUGGGAAAAGAAAGCAUUAGGCGACUGGUCGAAUUGUCCGGAGAUAUUUUGA